AUGGAAAUUCAAUCAGGAAAUGGAGAGGAGGUGGCGAGCAUGACCUCGGGCUUCAUUUCCUGUGGUCCCUCCAGGCCGCUGGUAGCGGCAUCAAACGAUUCAGUGUUCAAAGAAGACCUGCAGGUUGCUAAGAAGAUUGAACGGUUUGAUAUCCCACUUAAUAGCUUGAAGAGGAUGUUUGAGAAGCCUGCUGCACAAAGCGCUGAAGUGGCAACCGUCCCCGUUUCCAAAAGAGCCACGUCCCAUCAUCUUAGCCAGGCUGAGCCAUCAACACACCACAUCAUGGCCUCACCUCAGGAUCCAGCUCUCUCUGCAGGCAGCACGAGUAGACCCCGCUCCGAGGAAAGGACCCCGAACGCCGAGGACCAGGAGGCCGAACCAGUGUCGGUGAAGGAGAGGAUGGCCAUGUAUCAGGCCGCUGUGUCAAACAAAGACAGCAGCACGUCCUCCUCUGCUGCGAUGAUGGAUGAGUCGGAGGCCUGUUCGCUGCCUGGAGGUUUGGCCAGCGUGAAGAGACAGUUUGAGGGCCAUGAGUUCGCCUCUUCUUCCUCUCACUCCAGUGUCACCCAGGUUCAUGUCCAGAGGAGAACAGUCCAGGAGAUGUCGAGCUCCACAGAGGUGACGGUGAGAAGCAGUGGCAGAGAGAUCAUGCCUGCAGCAACCCUGUCUCAACAAGAGGUGAUCCAUGAUCAAAGAGUCCAGCAUAACAACGUGGCUGCCACUUACGGGAACCAUUACAAUGAAACAGUUAUGCUUGUCGGAGGAGAAGACCUACCAAAGAUUUCUACUCAGGCUUUGAAGCAGCAGUAUGAAAAAACCAUUGAAGAAGCUGCACCAGCCAAGGAAAUUAAGAUUGAUGUGGAUCUGAACCAGUUCCAGUGGGCACCAGUAAACCAGUCCUCCAACGCUUCAGUUAUUACAAGCUAUGAUACUUCGAAGACAGUAGCUGCUUCAUCAAUGGCUUAUGAGGCAGCUGAACAUUUCCCUCCUCCACCUUCAAACUUGCCACAAGAAAUCCCUCAACACAGUGCAUCUCUCCCGGAUCAGCAGCAAGUCUCCCAAUAUCAGCUCAACGUAGGAAAGGAACAAUACUUCAAGCACAAGAGUUUGGCUGAGCUAAAGCGCCUCUACAAACACAUUCAUCCUGAAGUGCGCAAGAACCUUGAGGAAGACUUCAUGAGUCAGCUCACCGAGGAACAAAAGACAGCGUUAGAAAGAAAGGAAAUAAUAGGUGAAGUCCAGCAGGCGUGCUACAUGUUUGAACAUGACGGCAGCGACUCGAGUGAAUGUUCAAGCACUGACAGGGAAUACAUGGAGUGGGACGAGAUCCUCAAAGGUGAGGUGCAAUCGAUGCGCUGGAUGUUUGAAAACAAGCCACUAGAUGCGAUCAAAGAUGACUCCCAGGAUGGCGACGAGGAGAAGAGCAUUGCCCAGCCAGAAAUCAUUGCUGGCAAGGACGUCAGAUACACAGCGUGGAUGUUUGAGACUCAGCCCAUAGAUGCUCUUGGGACAGAGACAACAGAAACGACUGAGCAGUCGCAGAAACAGAGCGAUCUCGCAAGAGGAGACGUCCGCACAGCCACGUGGCUUUUCGAAACUCAGCCUCUUGAUUGUUUGAAUAAGAUCUACCAAGAAGACGAACAGGAAACUGAUGUCAUAGUCAGCAAAGACAUCACCGGUGGGGACGUGAAAACCGCCAGGUAUCUGUUUGAGACCCAGCACCUGGAUUCCCUGGGUAAAACAGAAACUAUCGAGGAGAGUCACUUCUUGAGCUUGAAGUCGGAGUUGGAAGAGAUUAAGGGUGACGUGAAGACAACCACCCGUAUGUUUGAGACGCAGCCUAUGUGUGUGAUCAGGGGGGAUUCAGGGGAGAUGCUAGAAAUCACCACCAUCCGCAGGGAAGAAACAGAGAAAGGAGAUGUGAAGUCAUCGCGUUGGAUGUUUGAAACCCAGCCUCUGGAUAUGAUUAACAAAGACCCCACAAAGGUAAAGCUGAUAUGUGGUAUUUCCAUGGAAGACAACACUCAGGGUGGUGUGAACAAAGGCCGAUGGCUUUUUGAGACAAAGACACUUGACACCAUCAAGGAUGAGGAAUGGGAGACUUCCAGACAGCAGAAGGAAAACAUAGUCGGAGCUGAUGUAAAGAAGCACUGUCUUGUUUUCGAGACUCAGCCCAUGGACACACUGAAAGAUAAUGCCAAUGCUCGACCUUUGCCAUCAGAGGAUAUUGUAGGAGGAGAUGUUCGAUCAGCCAAACAUCUAUUUGAAACAGGGCCUACAGAAAAUCUGAAAGAGCUGCUUGAAGUGGGGAAACUCAAGAAAAUGGUCACAUCCGAAGAAGAGAGAGGUGAUGUGAGGCAUCAGAAGUGGGUCUUUGAAAGCCAGCCACUGGAGAAUAUACGGGAAGAGAAGAAGGCGAUUAUAAGAACAGUGAAUAUUGAAGCUCUUGACAAAGGAGAUGUGACUAACUAUAAGGAAAGGUUUGAAAGCAUGGAUUUAAGUAAAUGUGAAGAAACACAGAAAAUUCAAGUUGAAGGCGUGACAAGUGGGUCUGUCAAGUCCAACAGAGUACUUUUUGAAUCUACCCCGAUGUAUGCCAUGCAAGACCGCUCCGGCCAUUACCACGAGGUGAGGACCGUUCGACGGGAGGAGAUUGUGAAAGGAGACGUGCGCAGCUGCAGGUGGAUGUUUGAAACGCGACCCAUCGAUGAGUUUGACGAGAGCAUCAAUAAGUUCCAGCUCAUAAAAGGCAUCUCCAAACAAGAGAUCGAGUCGGGCGAUGUGAAGACGGCCAAGUGGCUGUUUGAAACUCAACCGCUUCAUGCCAUUAAAUUUUUUAGUAACGUUGAGGAAGAGGAGCGUAAAACUAAGGAAGGUAUUGAAAUUGAAAAGGGGGAUGUGAAAACAUGUAGGUGGCUGUUUGAGACCCAGCCAAUGGAUGUCCUGUAUGAAAAGGUGGAAAAGAGCAAGUCCGACUUAGAAGAAGUGCAAAAAGGCGACGUGAAAACGUGCACUUGGCUUUUUGAGACCCAAACACUUGACAACAUACGUGAUCAUUCAGAGUUAGAGACCGAGACCAUUCUUAAAACCUGCACCGUAAAGCAGGAGGACAUUCAUGGAAAAGACGUGCGGCUAGCUCGCUUCCUCUUUGAAACCGAGAACCUGGAGAACAUCACAGGGGAGGACAGCAGCUCUUUCAGGAGGGUCACUGAAAUUGACGUCCAGUCAGGCGAUGUCUCCAGGAUGAAAUAUAUCUUCGAAAAUCGUUCCUCUGACAUUAUGAGUUCCACCGCUGAGGAAACGAUGCAGAGACUGAAGACACAGCAGGCCGAGGACAUCCAGAAAGGAAACGUGGUCAACUGCACCUGGAUGUUUGAGAACCAGCCAAUCGAUGCUAUCCAUGACGAAGUCAAGAUGGCAAGGGAUACUCGCACUGUGACAGAUGUUCAAGGGGGUGACGUUGACAAGGGCCGCUUCAUUUUCGAGACUUACUCUUUGGACCAAAUCAAAGAUGAGUCCACUGAGACAGAUAUUUCAAAUUUCACAAGUAUCUUUAGACACGGCACAGAGAAGGGAGACGUGAAAAAUUACACCAUGAUGUUUGAAACUCAGCCGCUGUAUGCUAUCCGUGAUAAGGAGGGCCAUUAUCAUGAGGUAACCACGGUUACUAAAGAAGAAAUCAUGAGAGGGGAUGUAGUGGGGGCCCGAUGGUUGUUUGAGACAAAGCCUCUUGAUUCAAUUAAAGAUUCAGAGGAGGUCUAUGUUAUUAAAGCCGUGACUGAAGAAGGUAUUAACAAAGGAGAUGUUAGCUCUGCUAGGUGGAGGUUUGAGACGCAGCCUCUGGAUGAAAUUGCAGAGGAAAUAAAAGUAAGGUCAAAGACUGUUGCCGAUAUCCAAGGCGGUGAUGUGAAGACAAACAAACAGCGAUUCGAGACUGAUGAAAUAAGUCAGAAGUACAUCAGAACAGUGAGCGUGAGCGAAAUCCAAAAAGGCGAUGUCAGAUCUGCCACGUGGAUGUUUGAAACUCGCACAAUCGAUGAGAUCCGCGGGGAUGGCGGGGAGUAUAACAGCAUGGAGAAAGUGACAAAAGAGGAAGUCAUGAAAGGGGAUGUCAAGCAGUCUGUGUGGCUGUUUGAAAAGCAUCCCCUCGACAGCAUCAAAGAGACCGAAGGCACGGAGCUUGUUCUUACAAAGGAGACAAUCCCACAGGCUGAUGUGAAGACAACGACGUGGAUGUUUGAAACCACACCGUUUCAUGAAUUCAAUGAGAGCAGCACAGAAAAGGCAGAGAUCAUAGGUAAAAGCGUCAAAGAGACACUUGAGGAACUUUACAGCCAGAAAAUGGUGGAUUCGCAGGGCAUCCUCAUCGAAGCAGAUGAAAUUGGUGAUGUGCGCAUGGCGAAGUAUAAACUCAUGAACCAGGAUGCUCCACAGAUCCAAAAAGAGGAGAUCAUUAGAGGAGAUCUGAGCAACAUAAUGAUGAACCUCUUGAACCGCCGGGAGACCACUGAAAAGGCCAUAACUAUUGACAGGAAGGAGCGGGGGAACAUCAACACCACAGUGAAACAGCUGUUCAGCCAGGAAAAAGGAAUCAAUGUGGAGAAAGAGGCGAUCAUACGUGGCGACAUUCAAGAGGCAAUGAACAAUCUGCUGAAGACAGAAGGCUCCUCCAAGCGUGGCAUCCUGAUUCAGGAAGAUGAGAAAGGAGAUGUGAGGAUGACUAUUUAUUCCCUGUUGAAUAAAGAUGAAAUCAUCAGCAUGGAGAAAGAGGAUAUAAUUCAAGGGAAUGUCAGCAAAACUCUUCAACGUCUUCUGUCCAACUCAGAAGAGGAGUCGAAAAAGAUAAGAAUCGGAGACACUGAAAGGGGUAAUGUGAGUUUCUACACAACGUGCAUCGAGUCAGGAGCCUUGGAUUACCUGAAGCAACUCCAGUCUGAGUCCGGUGAAAACCAGGAAGAAGUACAGAAGGAGCACAUCAUCGGUGGCGAUAUUGAAGAGACUAAAUUGUUGCUGAAGAAGAAUCAGCAGCAGAUUGGUCGUACCAUUGCUGAGGACGACAUAGUUCCAGGUGACGUCUGCAGCAUCGUUCAGGUAUUCAUGACGGAGCCUGCUGUUACCUACAGAAACCUGGAGAAAAAGGACAUUGUUAAAGGAGAUCUUAACGCGGCCCUCGAUUCCCUGACCCAAGCCAUCAACCAGAGAGUGAUCAUAGAGAAAGAGGAGGUGGUAAAGGGAGACAUAUCCACUACUUUGAAGUCUCUGGAGGAGGCCCAGCAUCAAGCCAAAGAAAUGGAAAAGCCUGAGAUCAUCAGAGGUGACAUUAGGGGGGCUCUUGAGUCACUUGAGAAAUCUGCAUCCACUAAAACAGAAGUAACUGUAGAAGAUUUAGUGCCAGGUGAUGUCAAAGGAACCCUAAAAUCCCUGGAGGAGGCCACACAAGCUGUGAAAGAGGUGGAAAAAGAGGAGAUCGUCAGAGGAGACAUCCACACUGCCAUGCAGAGUUUGCACGAGGCAUCAAAUGAGAAAAAGAUUUACCAGCAUCAGGUGAGCGAACAAGGGGACAUUAAAGCCACUAUUCAGCUUUUGCUGGAGCCAGGAACCUCUCCAAGAAUGCAGCGCAGAGGGAGCAUUGAAGGAGAUGUGAAAACAUCCAUAAAAUCCCUUUAUGAAGGGCAGGAGACGGCACAGGUGGAAAAAGAAGAGGUUGUUAAAGGCGAUGUUCAAGGGGCGAUAAAGUGUCUCAUGCAAAGAAAACAGUAUUCAAGCAAGAAGCGCAUGCAUCCUUCGAAGAAAGCAAAAGUGCCUGUGAAAAAUCCAUCAACUGUAAAGCAAGUGGAGCAUGAAUGCUUACAUGAGGCUAAGAGUGAGAGUGUAGCAGUCGCUGCAGCCCCCACUGUGAAAAACCUCUCUCAGAGCAGUGAGUCACACAAGCACACACAGAGGCAUCAUGAAAGCAAAUCGCUGAAAACGCAGGUAAUAACCCAAGAGGGCCACUCUGUUGCUGUAGUCAAAACAGACAAUCCUGCUGGGGCCUCUCAUCAGAAGAGCAUGAAAGAACAGAAAGACAAAGUGCUGCCCCCACAGAAAACACAGGCUCCGAAGACUGUUGUGAUGAAGAAUAACCCAAAAGCCAAUAAUGAUCAGACAGAGGUGAAAGCAGCUGAUGUGAAUGUGAUGAAAGAGGUGCAGAGCACAUCACAGAGCAAUGUUUCAAGCAAGCAAAUAAGCCAGAAGAAGACAAUCAAACAGGUCCAGAAGACAGUGAUGGAGAAAACUGUUGUGCAUAAAGAAAACGUAACCGUGUCGGCUCAAAUGGCCCAAAAGCAAACGGAAACCAACACUCUCGCACAGAAGCCAAAUAUAAAACAUCUAAAGAGUGAUCACCGAAGCCUUGACAUGAGAGGGAAGAGUAAUAUUAAAAAGGCAAAUCCGGAGAUUCACUUCCCUCCUCCACCCUCCUCACCACCUCCGCCCUCUGAGUCUGACCUCUCCCUCCCUCCGCCACCAUCUCCGGUAACGGAGAGCCCAACAUCACCCACAUCCAGGCCUUCUAUCAUGAGGCAGGACAGCGACCUGCCUCCUCCUCCACCACCUCCACCCCCCACAGAGUGCCUAAAGUCUGAGCCUGAUUUCUUCCCACCUCCUCCACCUCCUCCACCUCCAGCCUCUACAGGUAGACAAGAUUUUCUUCCUCCACCUCCAUCACAGCAAGAGCUUAAUGCAAUACCUCAGCCUCCUCCUGCGAAGAUUGGAAAACCUUUUGGCAAGCCUGUAUUUAAAGUGCCCAAGCCGCUGGAGAUACAGAAGCCAGUGCAAGUCAAACCCAAAUGGCAGAAAAAGCAGCCGACUCCUCCACCGCCCCCAUCUCAGCUCCCUCCUGCUCAAGAAACAACAGUGUCUACAGUCCAUAAAGAGGAAGAUAAAGUUCAGAAGGCGAAGCAGGAAACUAUCCAACAGACUGCAACAAGCAGCCAAAAUAAAACGGAAGCAGUGUCAUUGAUAAAAAUACAGAGCAUCCCAGCUGUAAAACCAGAACCAACCACACAGUCGCCCAAAAAAGUCUUUGUCCCGCCCAUUAAACUGCCUCCACCUCCAGACUCUGCUCUAGCCCCAAAGGUGAAACCAUAUGCUCGCAAAUUUAAAACCCCUCUCAUGCUUGCAGAGGAAAGAUACCGCCUGCAAAAGCUGGAGAAGGAGGAAGAGGACAAGAGUAAGGUCUCUUCUCCCACUUCACCACCACUUAAUAUGCAAUCCUCUGCUGGCAGCAGGGAAGUUUCAGCAGCAGAGCACAUUCAGAGCGAAGUGGCCACAAAGGCGACAAAAGCAAAGAGCGAAGAGGGAAUUUCAGCAGAAGACUCACCUGCCCAGAAAACCCCGUUCCAGAUCCCUUUAAACAAACCCUCAAUCCCUGUAAUAAAUAAAAAAUCAGCUCCUGCAUCUUCAAACGUGUCCUUAGAUAAAAAGAAAAUUCCCAGCAAGCAACCCCCUUCAACUGAUGCUGUUAUUCAGACUGUUUCUGAGGCCUCAGAAAACCAAAUCCACUCAUCCUCCAGCAUGGCUACUUCUUCAGUCACAGAGCAGCAGCAGUUUAUUAAGAAAUCCAGCGUCAGGUCUGUUGCUGUCCAGGAAAACGUAAAUCUUCAAAGCCAGGCUGGGGUCACAUUGACAACUGAGGGUGUGAAGAAUAUUAAUGUGUCUCUGAAACAGGAGGGGAAAAUAAGCCCCUCUCAGCCCACUAAAAUUCCUAAAGUAACUCCAAGUUUCAAAGUGAAAACAUUUAAAAUGCCAGUGGAGAAGAAGGGGGAGCUGUGUGAAGAUCUGGGCCAAAAACAGAAAAUCAAAAGUGAAAUGCAGCAACAAGAGAAAAACAAUGUGUCACAAAGAGUUGAAUCAAAAGUGAGUUUGCAAAGCAACCAGCUGACUUCAUCUAAAACUGAAAUGAAAACAGAAGUGAAAGUAAAACAGAUGAAAAAUCAGGUGACGCCACCCACGAAGGAGGCUGAGGUGGAGUCUCACUUGAAAAAAGGAAAGACUGAAGAAAAGCCGUCGCCAUUGGUUACUGAUUCAGUGCCUAAGGUGGCUAAGAUAACAUCUGCGGCAGCUCAUCAAGGACAAAACCUUGUGUCUGUCUCCCACAGUCAGCAGAGCAUGAAGGCUGCGCCCAUUCAAAGAUACAAGGAGGUUGUCGUGACCGAGAGUGUGGUGCAGCAGGAGACCGUUCAGAUGCAGCAGCAGCAAAUUAAGCUACAAGCAACAGGAGUAAAUAAAGCUCAGAUAAAGGCAGGGGAACCCAAGGAAGUGUUGGUGAAAGAAGCUCAAAAAGAUGAGGCUCAGAAAGAAGAAAUCACAGAUUUAGAGAAAUUUAAUGUGAUGCACCAGGUAACUGCUCAAAUAAAAGAGCUGGAGGGUACGCCCAGCAGGAUAGACUCCAACACUGUCAGGAUGAUCAUAAGCAAAGUUCCCGACUGGGCUUUGGGCUCAGAUGAGAAGAAGAAUUUGAGUGAAGUUGCGAAACAGCAAAGCAAAAAGAAGCUAAAAGAGAUGAUGGCUUAUGUGAAGAGCCUCAUUCAAACAAAGUUAACGCUUGUGGAGAAAAACAUGAUAGCAGUAGAAAAGGAGGUGAAAGAAGAGAAACAGGAAGUGCCAGAGCCACCACCGGUGCCUCCAAAACCAGACAAGAAGGUUUUCAGUGGGAUGAUGGCAAAGGCAUCGAAGGUUGGUGGCAGCUCGUACAAAAGCGAGAAGAAGGUAGUGGAAGAGAAAAAGUCGCUUCAAGAGAGCAGAGUGCAUCAAGAGAUGAGCGAAGUGGCUGAUCAGAGAGUUUCCUCUCCGUUAGCAAGCAUCCGAACUCCAUCGCCCACUUUUAUUAUGAUUGAAUCAAGGAGGGUGGACUCACCGCUCAGAGUGACUCCUUCUCCUCCACCCUACAAGUCUGUCGGGACGCCUCCGCCGCCUCCCCGCAAAUCAUACACGCCUACGUCUACCUUCAGCAGGACAUCACCAUCUCCAACCCUUAGCCGCUCAGAGAAGCUAAUGAAACUUAGGGAUACCACCUCAAAGCUUUCCCGUGGAAUCACCCCCCCACCUCCAAUGCCGGUGUCGGAGUCCUUCAUCGCUGAAAGAGAGCGAUCAUCCUCGCUCAGCGACAGGGAGACUCCCACCGAGAGAGGCGAGCUUGAGUUGGUGGACGUCACGGAAAUGGUUGACUCCAUGAUGACAGUUAAGGAUAAAAAGUCUUUCUUCGAGGAGGCACAGAGGGCGGAAGUGAACAAGAUGUACAUCCGAAAGGAUCCCAUCGACAUCCCUGAACGUUUGGGACCUGAUGCAGAGGAAACUCCUGAGACUGUAACCAUAGAUCUAAUGAAACAGGAUCUUCCAAAAGUUGAUUUAUCAAAGCUUGUGAACAGAUUUGAGUCUCCACAGCUGAAGAUUUACACCAGGAAAGAGCCCAUUGUAAUAACAGAGAGGCUGGGGAGCGAUACAGAGGAUGCAGAGGCCGAAUCCCAGACCCCAAGAAGCGAAGAAAUCCCAACGCUCAACGUCAAAGCAAUAAAGGAUGUGUUCGAGACAGGGGAGCAUAGUUCUCAAGCAGCCCGAGAGCUCAGAGAGCAAAUAGAAAGAAGAGAAUCCGAAUCGGCCUGUUCCGAACUGGGGAGUCGCAACGAAACCACUUUGGCCAUUGAGCAGUUCUGCAGCAUCGGUGACUUUGGAACCACAGAGACAAGGAGUGAGAUACAUUCAGGGAGCUCCAUGGGCCGAGGUAACCCUCCGUCCUAUGCAGAUGUGGUGAGGGGCAGGGUACCAACUGUAACCGUGCCCCCUGAGGCCUCCACCGAGGAGCUGCUGAGAAACUUCCAGCAGUCCUGGGCCGAGAGUCAAGGAGUUUUCCAGAACCUGGGUUUCAGUGUGACAGAGCAGAGGACUUCUCAGGUGGUAACCCACCAGCAGGAGACCUUCGUGUCGGAAAAUUCGAAUUCCCGAGUCCGAGCUGUGCAAGGUGUGUCGGAAGAGGGUGUACCCCAUGGAGUCGCUGAUCGCGGACAAACAAAACUUCCAUAAAAGCUGCUUUCGCUGUGAGCACUGCAGAGGCAAACUG